AUGUCUAGCAAGACCACUAUUUUUUACACCGGUGCGACUGGCUACUUGGGCGGGGCGAUGCUACAGCUGCUCCUUGGGGACCCGAACGUGACCAUCACCGCACUGGUGCGCAACAAGGACAAGGCAGACAAGCUCGAGAAGUUCGGCGUGAAGGUCAUCGUGGGCUCUCUUGACGAUCUUGCGCUCCUCGAAGCUGAGGGCGCUAAGGCGGACGUCGUCAUACAAUCUGCUGCUUACGAUGCUAUUGAAGCUGUCAAGGCGCUCCUGAAGGGCGCGAAGACGCGUUUCGAUAAGACGGGCAAGCAGCCUGUCUUCAUCCACACUUCCGGAACGGGGGCUUUUGCCAAAUUAGAGGCGAUGGGUCAGUACAGCUCUGAGCGCGUGCUCUCGGAUGCGGACUCGGAUCUCUUCAACUCGAAGGCCGCAUUGCCGCAUAACGUCGUCAACGACGCUCUCAUCGCGGCAGAUGGUGAAGGAUAUGUCCGCUCUUACAUCAUAUAUCCCUCGACCAUCUAUGGGGUCCUCAAGGGUCCCCUUAUCGACGCCGGCAUCUCGCACGCGUACAGCGUUCAGAUCACGAUGGCAGUCAAGCUCAGCAUCCAACGCGGACAGGGAGGCAUGGUUGGGAAGGGUCUGAACAAGUGGCCCGCGGCGCACAUCGACGACACGGCGGCGCUCUAUAAGCUCGUCUUCGACCGCGCCCUUGCCGAUACGGCUCCUCAUGGAGCGCAGGGCACCUAUGCAGUUGAGAACGGGGAGUACACGCUCAUCGACGCCGCUAAGCGUUACACGGCUGUGCUCCAUUCUGUUGGCAAGAGCGCGAAUGCCGAGCCAGAGGCUUUCAGCGCCCAGGAACAUGAGAAUAUACCAUACCUAUUCUUCUUGGGUACGGACAUUCGCAUCAAGGCCGACCGCGCUCGCCAGCUCGGCUGGAAGCCGGCACACGGUAUCCAAGAGUUCUACGAGAGCGUGCAGGAGGAUACCGUGGCCGUCCUCGCUGGGAAGGACUAG